CUUCAUACUAAAGGGCGUGGCCCGUGUUCAUGGAGGCGGGGUGUGGAGUGAGUGGGCGUGUCUUCGUCGUGUGUCAUGUCUGCUGUCUUUCUUCUUUCUUCUUCUGCUGUUUUCUGUCGCCACGUUGAUCGAGAGAUAUCCCCAGAGUGAAGCGCUCCGGAUCGGAUCGGAUCGGCGCUGGAGCUGGAGCUGGAGAGGCUGCUGACGGCCGCAGGGUUCAUGCAGCAGGAGGAUCAGCAUCUGGCGCGGUUGGUUGUAUUGUGCGUUGAUGACCCCUGCUGUGUAGCCGCUCGCCCCACCCCCCCGUCUCCCCUCUCUCUCUUUCUCCAUCACAGCUCCUGGAUCAGCCAUGUUUGGCACCGAGUCCUCAUUGAGCAUGUUCCUCAACACUCUGACCCCUAAGUUCUACGUGGCGCUGACGGGCACCUCAUCCCUCAUCUCUGGACUCAUACUGAUCUUCGAGUGGUGGUACUUCAGGAAGUAUGGGACGUCGUUCAUCGAGCAGGUGUCUGUCAGUCAUCUGCGUCCUCUGUUAGGUGGAGUUGAUAACAGCUCGCCCAACAGCUCCAGCAGCAGUAACGGAGACACCGACUCCAGCCGACAGAGUGUGUCAGAGUGUAAGGUUUGGCGAAAUCCUCUCAAUCUGUUCAGAGGAGCUGAAUAUAACCGGUACACGUGGGUGACGGGAAGAGAGCCGCUCACAUACUACGACAUGAAUCUGUCGGCACAAGAUCAUCAGACCUUCUUCACCUGUGAUUCUGAUCACCUGCGGCCUGCAGACGCCAUAAUGCAGAAGGCCUGGAGAGAGAGGAAUCCUCAGGCUCGGAUCACAGCCGCUCAUGAAGCUCUGGAUCUGGAGGACUGUGCGACGGCGUAUAUUCUCCUCGCUGAGGAAGAGGCCACGACGAUCGUGGAGGCAGAGAAACUCUUCAAACAGGCGCUGAAGAUCGGAGAGAGCUGCUACCGGCGCAGCCAACAACUACAGCAUCACGGAGCACAGUAUGAAGCCCAGCACAGAAGAGACACAAACGUGUUAGUCUACAUCAAGAGAAGACUGGCCAUGUGCUCCAGAAAGCUCGGCCGCACACGAGAAGCUGUCAAGAUGAUGCGAGACUUAAUGAAGGAGUUUCCUCUGCUCAGCAUGUUCAACAUCCACGAGAACCUGCUGGAGUCUCUUCUGGAGCUGCAGAACUACGCAGACGUCCAGGCCGUGCUGGCCAAGUACGACGACAUCAGUUUGCCCAAGUCUGCGACCAUCUGCUACACAGCAGCGCUGCUGAAGGCCAGAGCCGUGUCUGACAAGUUUUCUCCAGAAGCGGCGUCUCGCAGAGGUUUGAGCACAGCAGAAAUGAACGCAGUAGAAGCCAUACACAGAGCGGUGGAGUUCAACCCACACGUACCGAAAUACCUCUUGGAGAUGAAGAGCUUGAUUCUGCCUCCAGAGCACAUCCUGAAGCGCGGAGACAGCGAGGCCAUCGCCUACACCUUCUUCCACCUGCAGCACUGGAAGCGUGUGGAGGGAGCGCUCAACCUGCUGCACUGCACCUGGGAGGGAACUUUCAGGAUGAUCCCGUAUCCUCUGGAGAAAGGCCACCUCUUCUAUCCGUAUCCAGUCUGUACAGAGACCGCGGACAGAGAACUGCUACCAACAGUGUUCCACGAGGUGUCAGUGUAUCCCAAGAAGGAGCUGCCGUUCUUCAUCCUGUUCACGGCGGGUCUCUGCUCGUUCACAGCGAUGCUGGCGCUCCUCACACAUCAGUUCCCGGAGCUCAUGGGAGUGUUUGCUAAAGCCUUCCUGAGCACCCUGUUCGCUCCGCUGAACUUCAUCAUGGAGAAGGUGGAGAGUAUUCUUCCCUCGAGUCUGUGGCACCAGCUCACGCGGAUCUGAUCUCACGGACAUGCAUUAUUAUUAUUAUUAUUAUUAUUAUUAUUAUUGACUGAGGUGCCAAGAUCUUCAGAAGUGCCCAGAAGACAGAAACACAACCCACAACAAACACAGAAGGAAUUCAUUUCCCCCUUCAUCUCCUGUAAAUAUUUCUGUUUAAAACUUUUAAACGCCAUGGGUAUACCAAGAAAAAAUAAAACAAUUUCUGUACUGCUGCAAA